CUUCCCACAGGUUACAAACGGCAGUUAUGAAAGUCAAGCGUCGUAGUCGUGUUUUCCCUGCCCUCAGCCAAUCAUAAAGGCCUGACCUGUUCCGCAUCCGCCAAUCUGCAUGUUUGAAAGACGAACGCUUGCAGCCAUUGGUCUAACCUGGCCGGGCUCCCUAGGGCAGCCAAUCAGCGAGUCUUUUAGCUGGAAGCCACGAAGUUUAAAAACGGCCUAGUACUGGCUGGAAUGAUACGCUUGUGUGGGGUUUAGGCGUCAAGGUGUUCGGGGCUACGUGGUGGAUCUGGGAGUUGUACGUCGGUGGGCUUAUUUCGUGCGGGGGCAGAGAAUGCCGUCCCGGGUGGAGGAUUACGAAGUAUUGUACACUAUCGGCUCUGGCUCCUACGGGAAAUGCCAGAAGAUUCGCAGGAGGUCGGACGGGAAGCUGUUGGUAUGGAAAGAACUGGACUAUGGGACAAUGACCGAGGCAGAGAAACAGAUGCUGGUCUCUGAAGUGAAUCUGCUGCGAGAACUCAAGCACCCGAACAUUGUGCGUUAUUAUGACCGCAUCAUUGAUCGGACCAACACUACCCUCUACAUAGUGAUGGAGUACUGCGAAGGGGGUGACCUGGCCAGCCUCAUUGCUAAAUGCACUAAAGAAAGGCAAUAUUUGGAAGAAGACUUUAUCCUACGUAUUUUUUCCCAACUGGCCCUGGCACUUAAAGAUUGCCACAAAAGAAGCGAUGGUGGUCACACUGUGCUCCACCGAGACCUGAAACCUGCCAACAUCUUCCUAGAUGCCAAAAACAAUGUGAAGCUCGGAGACUUUGGGUUGGCCAGAAUACUGCAUCAUGACUCCAGUUUCGCCAAGACGUUUGUUGGCACACCAUACUACAUGUCUCCAGAACAAAUGAACAGAAUGUCCUAUAACGAGAAAUCUGAUAUCUGGUCGUUAGGAUGCCUCCUGUAUGAACUCUGUGCUCUCUCGCCACCUUUUACGGCUUACAAUCAAAAGGAACUGGCAGAAAAGAUCAGAGAAGGAAGGUUUAGGCGCAUUCCUUAUCGCUAUUCAGAAGAGCUUAAUCAAGUCAUAACAAACAUGCUCCAUCUAAAGGAUUAUUUAAGGCCUUCUAUAGAGGAGAUACUGCAGCAUCACUUAUUAGCAGAGUUGGUCAGGGAAGAGCAAAAGAAAACUGAAAAGAAAGUUUUGAGAGCUGCAGAGCAGGAAAGGCUAUCGAUGCCAGACCCUGUCCCCUCAGAACUCCGGUUAAAGGAACAGCAACUGCACACAAGAGAGCGAGCCUUAAGAGAAAGGGAAGAGCGCCUAGAGCAAAGAGAACGAGAGCUGUGUGUGCGUGAAAGGAUGGCAGAAGAUAAACUUGCCAGGGCUGAAACCUUGGUGAAGAGCUUUAACUUGAUGAAGGAACAGCACCUGUUUCAAGCUGCUCUAGAGAAUGGCAAAGACGCCUACGUGGAUAGUUCCUCUACCCGGAGCAGACGCCAUGUUCAUUUUGGCAGCAACAGUAAAGAGAAUAGCAGUACAGAUCGCUACCGGGAGCAAGAGAAGUGCAGUGACUUGCAGAAACGGCUGCAGGCUGCUAACAUUCGUGCCAAAGCUCUGUCUGAGCUGGAAAGGAAUUAUCAGCUGAAGAGCCGGCAGAUCCUGGGCAUGCGUUGACUCUUGCGCAACUAUGGAACUCAUACAAAAUAGCAAAAAACUGUUCUGUUCUCAAAAAUUGCUGUUAUUGCUCAAUUCUUCCCUAUAAGCAGAUAGCACCUUUUUCUCUAAUUUAUUGCGAAAUGUAAUAUGAAGCCAGUAGGAUAAGCUUGCUGUGAUGAAUCAAACACUACUUCUGUAUAGUGUUAUAAACAGAACCAAUCUACCUACUGGGAGAGGGGAUUCAAGCAAGAUGGAAGGGUGUACAUGGAUACAGAGGGACAGGCACAUUCAGAUUUUUCAUCAUCUAGUCUACUAGGGGGUACCAUGUAUUAACGUGGUACAGAACCUUCUAAUAAGACUAAAGGCACAGUCAGAUACAGGUCCCUGCUGGGGUCAGAGACUCUUCACCUGAUGUGAGGUGAGAAUGCAAGGAAGGGCCUGAGUGUAUCACUAUACACAGCUCAGAAAUGAGCCCCACUGACUUUUUGAAUAGAAAUGGAUUUCUGCAGGGGAGUGGUUUCCCUUGUGCUACUGUAUGGCUGCGAUUGCAACUGGGAAUGUUUGGACAUUUUGCAUUGGUUCAGUGCUAUUUAAAGUCACAUUUUUUUAUUGUUUUUAUUAAAAAAAGUUUUCUUUUUUUUUCA